CGGAGUCCGGAUUCCGGGUUCGGGGUUAGUCAUGCGCGAGCUUUUAGGAAGUAUGUUUCGUGUCCUCUGUACCUUUAAUAUCGCGUAUUAUAAACAACUUUAAUUUUCUAAAAAGAAGCGAUGAAUUUAUAUAAUUUUCCUUAAAUAAAAUGUUAGAAAGUGAACAUGAUGGAGUCAUAUUGUUUGUGCUUAAUUGCAAUGCUAAUUACCUCGGCUAUGGGACAGUAUCGGUCCCCCCGCAUAACAGAACAUCCAUCCGAUAUAAUCGUUGCCAAAAACGAACCGGUAACCUUAAAUUGUAAAGCAGAAGGACGCCCAGAGCCCUCCGUGGAAUGGUUUAAGGAUGGCGAACCUGUAAGGACCUCUCCCGUUGAUAAUAAGUCCCAUCGCGUACUGCUACCUUCAGGAUCAUUAUUUUUCCUUCGCACUGUAAGCAGUAAAAAAGAACAAGAUGGGGGGGUCUACUGGUGCGUGGCACGAAAUAUCGCCGGAAUUGCCGUUAGCAGAAACGCUACACUUCAAGUUGCAGUUUUACGAGACGAAUUUCGGGUUAUGCCGACGGAUACACUUGUAGCUGCGGGAGAAACGGCUUUACUACAGUGCGGCCCUCCGAAGGGCAAUCCAGAACCGAGUGUGAUAUGGAAAAGGGACGGGAAAACGAUCGACGUCGAUAGCAAACGCGUCCGUGUUGUAGACGGCGGCAACCUUCUUAUAAAUGAUGUUCGUCAAUACGACGAGGGUCGGUAUCAGUGCGUCGCUCAUAAUUUGGUGGGCCACAAAGAGACACCCGUCGUUCUUCUUACAGUUCACGUUAAGCCUACCUUUAACAAGGAACCUCACGAUGUAGUUGCGCUAGUGGGGCAGAAAAUAACAUUCUCCUGUUCCGUUGAUGGCGAGCCCAAGCCGAAAGUUCUGUGGAGAAAGGACCAUGGAAAAAUUCCCAUUGGUCGCGCCCAGAUUUUGGAAGAUAAAUCCUUGCAGAUACAAAACGUGCAAAGCUCUGAUGAAGGUCUCUACGUUUGCGAUGCAGAAAAUCUCGUCGGGACAAUUUCGACCAAAGCGUCACUACUAGUAAACUCACCUCCUACCUUUAUCGAGCAACCACAAGAUCAAAAGGUAAGUCUAAACGGAUUUGUCGAAUUUCACUGUAAAGCUACGGGAAACCCUCCACCAUCAACGUUUUGGAGCAGAGAAGGGUCCCAAGUGUUGAUGUUUCCCGAAAAUUCCUACGGACGGAUGCAGGUCAAUCAGGUCGGAACAUUAAAAAUACGCGAAGUGCAGCGCGAGGAUUCAGGGUUUAUAGCUUGCUCCGCACUUAGCGUGGCUGGUUCUAAGAGUUCACGCGCCUUUCUGCGCGUAAUAUCCGUCGCGGAUUUACCUCCCCCGAUUAUUCAGAUCGGCCCAAGCAAUCAAACUUUGCCACUGCACAGUAUGGUCACUCUAUACUGUAAGGCUUCGUGUACAGAUGGAACUCAGCCGAAAACGCGCUGGUUGAAGAAUGGGAGGUUUCUCGAUAACUCCUCGUUGCCGAAACGGUACACAAUGCACGUUACUGGCACUUUGGAUAUAGAUGAUUUACAGUCGGACGACUCAGCGAUGUAUACAUGUUCGGCAACAGCUGAGAGCGGCGAAAGCACUUGGUCUGCGUCCUUAAACGUUGUUCCUGGCUCUUCAAGCAGCUUACAUCGCAGCCCGGAUCCCUCCACAUUUCCGCUUGCUCCAAAUCAACCACGAGUGUUGAAUACAACCGAGUCCACUGUAAGUCUCGCUUGGGAUAUUCGAGAUGAAGAUCUUCAUCUGAUAGGAUACACGAUUGAGUAUUGGAGUCCAGAUUUGCAAAGUGGAUGGGUUACAGCCGCUCACAGAGUGCCGGACCCCUACACGGUGGUGCGUAAUUUAAAACCUGAUAGUUCGUAUGUGUUUUUGGUGCGCGCGGAAAACUCUCACGGUCUCUCAUCCGCCAGUGAAGUUUCGAAAGAAGCCCGAACGUUAGUUAACUCGCUUACUCAUUCGGAAAUUGAUAACGCUCGUAACGCGUUGAGUACGAAUACGGUCGAACUGUGGGAUGCAAAGGCGCUGUCGAGUAAUUCGGUUAAAUUGGUGUGGAAUUUGAGUGCGACUAAUUAUGUGGAAGGUGUAUACGUGCGUUUCCGGGAGGUAGUCGGAGGAUUGACUAACUAUGACAUUGUGAAAGUGCUAGAUCUGCAAAGUCGCAGUUACCAAGUGUCUAAUUUAAAAAAGUUCACAAAGUAUGAAUUUUUUGUCACUCCUUUUUUUAAAUUGGUGGAAGGGCAACCAUCCAACACGCGCAUAUCGCAGACCUUUGAAGAUGUACCAUCAGCCCCACCGGAUAAUAUCGUCUUUGAAAUUUAUAACGAUUCGGCAGCAUGGGUAAGGUGGUCGUCUCCACCUUCGCAACAUCAUAAUGGUAUAAUAAUCGGUUAUAAGUUGCAAGUGAAAGGAGGUUUACUACGAACUGUGACUAUUAAUUCAAACACAACUUCAUUGCUGAUAAGCAAUUUAACAAAGAGUCACAUGUAUAGUGUAAAAGUUGCUGGACUAACUCAAGCAGGUCUGGGACCAUUUUCCAAUUCCGUUCCAUUAUCUCUAAUCCAAAGUCACAACAGCCGGCCUCUGGAUGGUUUAGUUCCUUUCAUAGAGCAGACUUGGUUUGUGGUACUACUGUCUGUUCUGCUUCUCUCACUUCUGGCAGGAAUAGCUGGUUUCAUUUAUAUUAAGCGUAAGCGUACUCUAGCGAAACAAUUGGGCCACCUCAAUGUUCCUAUAAGCAACGGCAAUCAAAUGAAUACAAAGGAGAGUCUAUGGAUAGACAGAGGGUGGAGAGCUGGAGACUCAGACAAGGAUUCCUCAUUACCACUCUCGCCUCCAAUUGCGGAUUACGCGGAGGUCGAUACCAAAAACUUAUCAACCUUUUACAAUAGAAGCUCACCAGAUACUCCCACACCUUAUGCGACCACAAUGCUUUUACCACCCCCACCGUCUUGGACGGAGUUAAUACCACCACCUCCAAGUCACCCACCCCCGGAGUGCCCUCGUGAAAACCCACCCAUUCCUCCUCCUCGCACUGGCAGUAACUACGGCAGCACUGGGGCCUAUACCUGCUACGCAAUGCAUCUUCCUAACCGAAUUCCUCCCCACUCAAAACCAAACUCGUACAAUAAUCUUGACAAUCAAUGGUCACUUGCGAGCGGAAGUUCGGGGCGACGGUCGAACAAUCACAAAGGACGCUGCCAUAUUCCACAUAACUGUGAUAAAAUAUGGGGACAGUAUUAUCGUUGGGAUGAGGGAGACGCAGACGUCGAUACCGACGUGCAUUCCUGUUCCAGUAGUCACGACACUACUUGCUCGUGUAGCGGCUCCUCAUGUCUGUACGUCGAGGCGGGACCUUCUACUACAGGUAAAUUAAUGGGACAGUGUCAAAUUAAGCAAUUUACUUAGAUUGGAUGUGAAUUCAAAAUGUGUCAUACUAGUCCAUGUGUUUUGAAAGUUCGAGGUCUUCCUGUGUAGG